AUGGCUGGUAUAUCUUGUCAAUGCUGCCUGACUUGUCCAUGCUGUCCAGGCUGUCACUGUUCCCCCUGCUGCCCUUGCAGUCCUUGCUGCACAGCAUUUGAUUCACCAAGGUUUCCUGACAGAGAUCUAGAGGACGAAUGCUGCUUGUUUUGGCGUUUUCUGUGUACUGAUGAACGGAAUUGUGACUGUUGCUAUUGUCCACAUGAGGAAGAUGAACCUUGCCAGUGCUUUCACUGUACGUGCUCAGAGAACCCCAAUCUUCGCUGCUGCUGCUGCUCCUGUGCUAAUAACCCACACUGCAAGUGCUGUUGCUGUACAAUUGAAAACACGGAGUGUCAGUGCUAUGAAAGCAGGUGUUGCACGUAUGUCCCUAAUCCUUACAGGAAUCGACACAGAAAUGAAAGAAUAUCAAGAAGCAACACAUCUGUCAUUACACUGGAGAAGGAUGCAUCAGGACAUGCUUUUAUUGACCAGUUGACUUGCCCCCUGUGUAAAGAGCUGUUUCUCCAUCCAUUUAUGUUGCCAUGUAAUCACUGCCUUUGUGAGAAGUGUAUCAAGAGAAGCCAGCAAUGCGCUGAGGUCAUUGAAAACUUCUUUAUCAUCACCUGCCCAAUAUGCAGCAAGGCACAUUGCCUCCCGUUUUCUAAUAAAGUACAACUCAGGAUGAAUUACUUAAGAGCCAGACUGGCUAGGAGAUAUAUGCGACGAUAUGGUUUCUUAAAGUGGAGAUUUGACAAAAGCAAAAUACCAAUAUAUUGCCAAGUUUGUAUUGAACGGCGACGAGCUGACAAAAGAUGUCUGACGUGUCAACUGAAUUAUUGCAAUGUUUGCUUGACAGCAUAUCAUCAGGAUGUCACCACUCAAAACCAUGUCUUUACUAAAGUCAGUUAUGAAGUCUGGGAAGAAAAAAACUGUUUAGUCCAUCCUGAUUCAUUGGUAUCCAGAUACUGCUUUGAUGACCAUGAACUGUUGUGUGAUUAUUGCAAGGAAUCAUGGCACAAUGAUCAUGAAGUAGUUACAUUGCCAGUGGCAUGUUCGAAACAAUCCGCUGCAUUAUUCAGUACUAUUGCAAAGUUCAAAAAAGUCCGCUAUGUAAUUGAUAAUGAUCUAAUGGAAAUCCUUGUAUUAAAAAGCAAUUUUAAGUCCUACAAAGAAGCAAAAAGGAAGGAGAUCAGGGAUGGAUUCUUCAGGUUACGGAACAUACUUAAUGAUCGAGAGAAAGAAAUGAUGGAAGCAGUAGAAAACCUUGAGCUUCAAAAACAGAAGAGACUAGUGGAGUAUGCAGACUACACAACUAAAAGAAUUGCCCAGAUGGACAGCCUCAUGCAGUAUUCUAAGGAAGCUUUGAAGGAAAGCAGUCAAAUAGCAUUCCUGCAGUCUGCCAAUUGCUUGAUAAAUGAAUUAGAAGACAUACUUGAAAAUGUUUACCAACCGAGCCCAUGUCUCAAAGAAGAUCCUAUUAAGCAUCUUAAAGUCGACUUUGAAGAACUUUCAGAAACCUUUCAUAACCUUUUCCCAUCAAUUAAAAGGAAAAUGUUAGCUGACAAAUCAAGCAAACGCCCCUACCCUUGCAGUUCUGAUAUAAUGAUUCCAAGGAGUGUUUCCAGCACCCACAUUCAAAAGCCAUUAACACCAACACGAAGUCAAUCUUUAUCAACACUAACUUCACAGAGUGAAGAAAAUCCAGUUGAAGCUGAAAGGCCAAAAUCAUCACCUCCUCCUAAUUUUAAGGACCGUGGAUUGUAUGCUUUUUGGGAUGCAUCUUUAGAUAGUUCAAAAAAUGAAAGAAACUAUCAAACCCAGAGUUCCUAUUUCAAACCCGAAUCACUUGAAGAAUCGACUACAGUUCCUGGCACUGUUGUUAUUUACCAGACACUUGUAUAUCCAACUGCUGCUAAGAUUUACUGGACGUGUCCUACAGAAGAUGUAGACAGCUUUGAGAUUGCUUAUUAUGAAGUGCUUGAAAUGACAGCUGACAAUCUUGUCCGGACCAAACUAAUAGACGUAAUAACAGGGGUUGGACAACAGAAUCUGGAGAUACGUAAUCUAACACCUAAUACAGAAUAUGUUUUUAAAGUUCGGGCUGUCAAUGCUAAUGGACCAGGCCAGUGGAGUGAUGUUUGUAAGGUGACGACUCAAGAUGCUCGCACAAAAGCCAAAGCCAGAUGGGGCUUGCUGCGACAUAUUCAAUCUGCUUUCCACAAAUAA